AUGCCAACUAUUCCUAAAACUCCAAGAGAAUCAAAAGGAAAUCCAGAAAGAAAACAAGAACAUCCAUUUUUCCAAAGUAAAGAAGAUUAUAAAGAAUUUUAUGUUAUUCAACAAAGUAUUCUUUUAUCAUUCUUAAAUGGAUUUUGUACAAUAACUUUAAAAAGACAAAAGAAACAGUCAAUUAGAAAUCUUCCAUAUCCUCAAAUAAUUAGUCUUAAAUUUGAUGAUGAAGAAAUUAAUGUGCAAGAACUUGCUGAUAUUAUUCAGCGUCCAGUUUAUGAAGAUGAAUGUAAACUUGUUAAAAAAAAACAAACAGCAAUGAGAAGAUUUGAAAAAAAUAGAAAGAUCUUUAUUCAACAUCUUCUUAUUGAUCUUUUAAGAGAAAAAGGAUUUCAGUUUAAAUCUAAACUUGCUCGUAAUACUGGAAAAACUUUACGCCUUGAAAGAAUUGAAAAAAUUUUUUAUGGUGGAAGAUUAAUCAUGGAUCUUAAUGACUUUAUUGAAAGAGGUUAUUUGAUUAAUUCUUUUAUUAAUUCAAAAUUGUCAUUAACUUCUAUAAUUACAAUUCCAAAAUCUUCAAAUGAAUUAUCAAAUAUCAUUCUUUCUCAAAACUUAAUAUUUAAUUAA